AUGGACGUAGGAGACCCAGCUACACCGACCGAAGCCCAUUCCCAGCCGCAGUCCCCUUCUCAGGAAACACCGCGCAAGCUCCCAGAUGACCUUCCGACUUCCUUGGACGACCGCCGCACGUUCGCCAACUAUGGAGAGGAGACAGAGAUGUAUGAUGGCUGGCAAGGCUCGUCUCAGUACAUCACUGCCCCGACUCCCGCAAGAACUCUCACAUUCGACUUACAUCUGGACACCCCAGCCUACGAUGACGAGGAGACCUUCGCUCGGAUACAGGACAGCGAGUCGCGCUUGAUGGAAAUGGUGGCAGCACAGGCGCACCAUAGGCAAGGUGGCAGUCCUGGACAAGAUGAAGACGCCAUUGCAACUGACGACAACCUCUCCGAUGACGAGAAGAAAGAGAUUCUGCAGAAGAGCCUUAACAUGGCCGCGAGCAAUGGUGAUGUCUCUCGAAUUCAGAAACUGGUGGGAGGCAAGGCCAAACAAUAUGUGGAUGUCAACCAACCAGAUGAGGAAGGCACGGUUCCGUUGAUUUAUGCCAGUUGCUUUGGACAUCAAGAAGUGGUGGCUGCUCUUCUGAAUGCUGGAGCGAUUGUAGACAAGCAGGACCGGAACCAAUGGAGCGCCCUGAUGUGGGCUAUGACGAAUCGCCAUAAACAGAUCGCCAAACUGCUGCUCGAUCACGGCGCCGACCCCGACAUCAGGUCUUCUUCCGGAGGCACUGCCCUGGAUUUCGUCCAACCCGGGUCCGACUUUUCGCACUAUCUUCACGAGAAUGGCUACCAUUUCGGAUCCUCAAGCUCGGCGGAUGACUUCUAUAACUCGGGCUUUUCCCAAGAUCGAUUUGAAGAAGAAAUGGCAGAGAACGAAAUGAAACGGCGGAUGUUGAUGCAGGAAAGCGCCGCAAACCUAGAGGUCGAUCUGUCGACGCUAGGGUUUGAUGAGCAGCCAGAGUCACCCACCGAUCUCGAUAACGACGAAGAAGAGUUCAUCUGGGACAGGUGCGUCGGCGACCAGAUGUUUGUCUUCCAAGCCGACAAAUUGGAGGCUAUCUUCGACCUCAUCAUAAGCAACAUGACCCCUCAGCGUUCACCGUCGCAGAAACCUGUGCCGGCAAACCUGAUCUUCCUCAUGGCGCGAUAUGCGCAUUACCACAUGACCGCUUCUCUUCUGGACGAUGUACUGACGAGAGCUAUGGACCUCAUCAACGACGUCAUCGAACGCUGCCAGUGGGACAUGACCAUGCUAGCAUUCUGGAUUUCCAACGCUACUCUGCUCCUGCAUUACCUCAAGAAAGACGCUGGCCUGGUUCAGGUGACGUCGAAGUAUCAGCUGGAGCUGGCGGAGCUGAUUAAUGAAAUUUUCAUCCUCAUCAUCCGAGACGCGGAAAGGAGGAUGAACAAAGUCCUUGAUGUGGCGAUGCUAGAUCAUGAGACCAUUCCUGGCUUGGAUGAUAUUGCAUUCCAGGGAGAAUGGAAAGUCUUCAAGUCGAAGCCGAAGACCAAGGAUGAGCCGCCCGAGAAGCGGUUCCGGCCGCCUUCGCCCAAAAGACGAGCUCAGACAUCCCCGCGCAAUAUCACUUCCCUUCUCUCUUCCACGCUGUUCGUCCUCGACCUGUACGAUGUACAUUCCGUCAUCACGGCGCAGAUACUUUCGCAGCUCCUAUACUGGAUUGGUGCUGAGCUGUUCAACCGAGUCAUGACUACCAAGAAAUACCUUUCAAGGACGAAAGCGAUGCAGAUCCGCAUGAAUGUGUCUGUCAUUGAGGACUGGGCACGCACAAACAAUCGACAACCCGAACACUACGAAAACGGCUCAACGAUAUCCACAGGAGAGAACACAGUUGAUGGAGCACGAAGACACCUUGCGCCGAUCAUCCAACUGCUGCAGUGGUUGCAGUGUUUCAGCUCCCUAGGAGAGGAUCACGAAUCUCUUGUGGGCACCUUGGUUCAGCUGCAGCGCCUCACUCCCACGCAACUGAUCCACGCUGUCAAGAACUAUCGCGCAGAAGUGGGAGAAAAGAGCCUCCCUAAAGCGCACAUGAAGUUCUUGACGCAACUGCAGAGAGGUGAACAAUCUCUGAUCAAGAGGCCGUUGACUCCCGCGAUAGAUGCACCAGAGUCAGGAACAGCAACGCCCGCGAAGCGAAAUGGAACCCCGGUCCCGGCAAAUAAGGACCCCAGCACGCCCCAACGGCCAUCCGCGCCUCCGACAUCUUCGCCUAUCGAACAAGAUACGGAUCCGCCCAUGAAACGCAACGCCUUGACCCUGGACCAGUCUCUUAUGCUUCCAUUUUCUCUCCCGACAUCCACAGACAUGCUCAUCAGCUAUGGCGCAGGCAUCGGUGGGACGAACCGGGAACAAGCCCGGAAAUAUGUACCGACUGUUCCAACAGAGGUUUUGAGUAAAUUGAACCUUGACGGCGAUAGCAUCAGGCGGAAAGAAAGUAUGAGCACCAUUGGGACGACAGUGCAGAGUUGGCGAGGUAAUGAUUAUUGA